GUUGUCUACAGAUUAUUCUCUGGGAGAAGAUGGCUCAGCGCCGCCUAGGGAUCUUGCUCCUUUGCCUGCAAACCUGUCUGGAAGCAGCUGGAAGCGACAUAGACAUCCUCACAGUGAAUGGGAUUCUGGGGGAAUCAGUUACUUUUCCCUUAAAUAUCCAAGAACCACAGCAAGUUGUCAGCAUUGCUUGGAAUUCCAAAACAUCCGUUGCUUUUGUAGUACCAGGAAAUUCAAGAACAGCACCCACAGUUACAGUGACCCACCAAAAUUAUUAUGAACGAAUAAAUGUCUCAGCUCAGAACUACAACCUGGAAAUCAGCAAUCUGAGGAUGGAAGAUACAGGGACCUACAAAGCCGACAUAAAUAUAAAUACCCCUGAAACAAAGGCCACCACCAUCACCAGGCACUACAACCUUCAAGUCUAUCGUCGGCUUGGGAAGCCAAAAAUUACCCAGAGUUUAAUGACAUCUGUGAACAGCACCUGUAAUGUCACACUGACGUGCUCUGUGGAGAAAGAAGAAAAGAAUGUGACAUACAGUUGGAGUCCCCUGGGGGAAGAGGGUAAUGUCCUUCGAAUCUUCAGGAUACCUGACAACCAAGAGCUGACUUACACAUGCACAGCCUGGAACCCUGUCAGCAACAAUUCUGACUCCAUCUCUUCCCGGCAGCUCUGUACAGACAUCACAAUAGGCCUCCGUACUCGCCACACUGGGCUGCUGAGUGGGCUGGCUGUGCUAUCUCUGUUUAUACUCCUUCUACCUUCAGUGCUUUUAUACCUUUUGUGCAAGAGAAGACAAGGUUCCUACUUGAAGACCUUCAGUAAGAACCCUGAUGCUGUCUCAAAGAACACAAUAUACACAUACAUCACAGUUUCAAGAGAUGCCCGGCCAGCAGAGUCCAGAAUCUAUGAUGAAAUCCCCCAGUCCAUGGUCCUCCCCGCCAAGGAGGAGCCAGUGAACACAAUUUAUUCCAUAGUGCAAUACUCUGAUAAGAUGGAGAAAACCAGCACUCAGGACAGCAAACAUCCUGGGACUUCAAGCUAUGAAAUUGUGGUCUAGGCUCCCGGCCAGCAUUCUCCCUAUGGAAACAGCUACAACCAUAAAUAGUGGCAGAUGCCCCAGACACAGAUUUUCUCUGCCCAGAGCUUACCUGGAGAUUGCAAAUCACCACAUCCCAACAUGUAGGCAAAGCAGGAAGCCCUCUGCUGCUGGGCAUAGCUUGUGCCUAGACAGACAAAUGGACACAUGCCCUUUCUGAAAUGGCUCCCUCCUGGAUGAACAACAAGGCAAGUCCCCUGGCACAGUGCUUCCCAAUCUUCUUCACAUCACAGGACAUGUAGAAAAUAAUAAUUUUACCGCACAAUGGAGUAAACAAACAAGAUUGCUCAUGAGUAGAGGCUACCUGUGGCUAGAGGCUUCUUGUGACUAGAGGUGAUGACCCUUCCCAAAAAGCCCAUAUGUGGAGAGGAUCAAUAUUUUGCACACCUAUAAUAGGCCAUGGCACACUACCUAGGAUGCUCUGCUCACACUCAGUAUAUGUGAGGAGCCCUAGUGCACGACCUCCACCAGUCCACAUAGCACCUUGGGCAAAUUAGACAAAAGCACCCUUUCCCUGGUGCAGAGGCAGCCCCUCGCCCAAGCGCAUGGUUUGGCAAGUAGAGUGUAGGCUGCGUUUCAGCCUGUACUUGCCCCUUUGCCCGGGCACCCUUGUGCAGGGUACAACUGGCUGGACCAGCCCAACCGCACAUGACGGUGUCACGUGAGAAGCCAUCAGGGUUGUGUUGCAAAUGGAUAGUUGCAAAAUGCUCUUUCUCUAGGGACUAGACUGCUGGAGCAUUUUUCUUCAGGCUCUUCUUCAGAAGCCUCAUAACAUUUUCUUUCUGGCCAACCUUUCCUUCUGUAUCACUCUGCGAUGGUUAAUUUUAUGUGUCAAUUUCAUUGGGCCAUGAGGUUCCCAGAUAUUUGGCUAAACGUUAUUCAGGAUAUAUAUGUAAAGGUGUUUCUGGAUGAGAUUAACGUUUGAAUUAGUAGAGUCAGUAAAGCAGAUUAAUCCUGCCCUCCAGUGUGGGUGGCCAUCACCAAAUCCAUUGAAAGCCUGAGUAGAAAUGAAGGCAGAGUAAGAGAGAAUUCAUUCUCUCUCUCUUUUUGACUGUCUUCAAGCUGGAACACAGGUCUUCUCCUACCUGAGGACUCGGACGUGGACUGGAACUUACACCAUUAGCUCUCCUGGUUUUCAGGCCAUUGGACUCAGAUUGGAACGAUACCAUCACCUCUCCAGCUUGCCAACUGCAGAUAUUGGGAUUUCUCAGUCUCCAUAACCAUAUGAACCAAUUCCUUAUU